GGUCAACAGAACAGACAAGAACGUAUAGUUCUGAUCACAAAUAAAUUUUAGUUCAAAUACUUGUAAAACCAUAAAUUCACAAUGAAAUUGUUUUGCCACAUUUUGUUAAUGGCAGCGAUGUGUGCCUUGGUUUCAUCAGCGGCUUUGGAGAAAGGCGAACGAGAGGAGGAACUUCAUUUCGGGUUUAACACAGAAAAUGGUCAGCACAGGAAUGAGGCUAUAACAUACACUGUUAGACCGGAAACGGAUAAGGACCCCAAGGAACCGACAACCCAAAAGCCUGUGGAAUAUAAAGGGGGCUAUAGCUUCAUUUCGGCCGACGGAUAUGAAUACCAGGUCCUCUAUAAAGCUAACAAAAACGGUUUCCAGCCCUAUGUGACGGCCCACAAAAUCAAAUCGAAUAAGAGUUAAGCAAAAUUUAUUUCUUUGUAUUAUGAUAGAUAAUUAAAAUACGCAU